CACAGCAGCCAUUCCAAAAUCUUGCUAGCGAUCAAUGGCGCACAGGAGGGCAGCGUUUCUUCUAGCAGUGGCGCUAACUGUGCUGGGCCUCGCCACCACUCAGGCGCAGCUACAGAAUGGGUUCUACAAGGGCAAGUGUGGCGCCAACGACGUGGAGGCGAUCGUGCAGGGCGUCGUCAAGGCUCGCUUCUCCCGCGAACCCGCCGUCGUCGCCCACCUGCUGCGCUUGCAGUUCCACGAGUGCGGCGUCAAUGGCUGUGACGGCGGGCUUCUGAUCGAUGGUCCGGGGACGGAGAAGACGGCGCCGCCGAACCUGAGCGUGAAGGGCUACGACCUGAUCGCGGACGUGAAGACGGAGCUCGAGAAGCGGUGCCCGGGCGUGGUCUCCUGCUCCGACAUCGAGAUCCUCGCCACCAGGGACGCGGUCCGUCUGGCCGGCGGGAACGCGUACGCGGUGCGCACCGGGCGGAGGGACAGGCGGCAGUCCAAGGCGGGCGACGUGAACCUGCCGGGGCCGGAGAGCACGGUGGCGCAGGCCACCGCUUUCUUCGGCAAGCUCGGGCUCGGGCAGAUGGACAUGGUGCUGCUGCUGGGCGCGCACACGGUGGGCGUGACGCACUGCAGCGCCAUCAAGAGCAGCCGCCUCUACAGCUACGGCGGCAAGGCCGGCGCCACUGACCCGAGCCUGGACCCCUACUACGCGUUCGUGUACAAGAACUACGUGUGCCCCAACAAGCCGUCGUCGGACGACACCGUCGUGUUCCUGGACGACCAGUGGAGCGCGCUCAAGGUGGACAAGAGUUUCUACAAGAUGCUGCAGAAACGCCGCGGUGUGCUCUCCGUCGACCAGAACCUCUACGGCUAUGGCGCCCCCACCAGGUGGAUGGUGGACAUGCUCGCCAACACUGAAAACUUCAGCUGGCUCUUCCCCCAGGCGCUCGUUAAGCUCAGCGAGGUCAACGUCCUUACCGGCGCACAGGGAGAGAUCCGCAGGGUCUGCAACAAGUUCAACUGAUCCGCCAUAUGCCCAUCCUUCGUGCAGAGCAUAAUGCAUUUCGCGUUAUUUUCUGGAUAGGGUCAUGGAUCUGGUGGCAAUUUUGACCCCAUACGUACGUGUUUCAUUCAUUCGAUUUUGAUUUGCUAUAUGUACUCAUUGCACAUGUCAUGCAUUGGUACGGGUGGUUUCUGGAAUUCUGGUUCAAUUGUUUAGGAUUUUUUCGUGUUGAAUUCAUAUAUAAGACAAUCAGAGUGAACA